AUGCCAGAUUACACUCACUUCAACCCCGGUCUUGCCCCGGAAUGGGUAGAAUUCGCAAAGACAUGGACACCACCUGUACCCCCAAAAGACCUGGCGGUGACCAAGAGGACUUUCAACAAGAGCCGAGCUGAGCUGUUCCGCAAAGUAUUAGGCCCAAUACACGGACUGUCAACCAAGGACAUUCUCAUCCCAACCAGGGACGGACAAGAAAUCCCAGGCCGCCUGUACUUCCCUGACGCCCAGGCCGAAUCUACUGAAUUGAAUCCGCUAUACAUCUUUUGUCAUGGCGGUGGAAGUCUUUUUGGAGACAUAGAAACAGAAGACAUGCACUGCCGUAUGUUCUGCGUCAAGGUUCCCUGUAGAGUCCUCAGUGUUGGCUACAGACAUACCCCAGAAUGGGUGUUCCCUACUCAGCUCCAUGACCUUCUUGACUCCAUAGAUUGGGUCACAGACGCUUCACGGGUACACGAGUUUCGGAUUGAUCUGAGCAAUGUUGUUCUUGGCGGUGUGAGUGCUGGUGGCACCAUGUGCUUAGGUGCUGCUGUUGCUGAGAUCGAGCAGGGAAAUCAUCGUAUAAAGGGCCUCAACAUCUCAAUUCCGUCAACUGUCCACCCUUCCCGCUUUCCGCGUCACCUAGUCAAGGACGGAUACUCAUCACUUGAGCAAAACGCAAACUCGCCGCUGCUCUCCACCGCCCGGCUCGACUUCUUGAAGUCCCUCCUCAAGGAUGACCCAGAAUCCCCAUAUGUGUCGCCACUACUGUUGCCAGACUCUACGUUGAAACAGUUUCCGAACACGGCGCUCCAUGUAUGUGGCGCGGACCCCCUGCGAGAUUCUGGCUUGCUGUUCGAGGAUAGGCUGAGACGACUGGGCGUAAAGACACGCUUGGAGGUCUAUAGUGGCUGGCCUCAUGCGUUUUGGAACUUGCCUCAUUUCAAAAUGGCGCAGAAUUACCGUGAAAGAAUGGUUGAAGAUGCAAAGUGGCUGUUCUUUGACAGAGAGCUCUAA